CAGAUGAUGAAAAUAUUAAUAAAUUUCGUGAUUGUCAAAAACGAAAUUUUUUAACAACAUUAUUUUUAUCUCAAGGAAUUCCAAUGUUAGUUGCAGGUGAUGAACUAAGUCGAACACAACAAGGUAAUAAUAAUGCAUAUUGUCAAGAUAAUGAAAUAUCUUGGUUGAAUUGGAAAAAAGCUGAUAAAGUAUUGUUAGAAUUUACACAAAAAUUAAUUCAAUUACGUCGUCAACAUCCUGUUUUUCGUCGUCGAACAUGGUUUCGUGGUCAACCAAUGCAACCUGGUGAGAUUGAAGAUAUAGCUUGGUUUAAAUUUGAUGGCCAAUAUAUGAAAGAUGAAGAUUGGCAACAUGAUUAUGUCAAAUCAUUUGGUGUUUUUAUCAAUGGACGAGGAAUGCAAGCUCGUUCAUCAUUAGGUGUACGGCUUACUGAUGAUAGUUUUUAUAUAAUAUUUAAUGCUUAUCAGGGAUAUAUUGAUUAUAAAUUACCUGGAAAAGAAUAUGCUAACGAUUGGACAUUAAUAUUAGAUACGAGUAAAGAUAAAGUAAUUACUGAAGGUGAUGAAGGAAGAAUCUAUCAAGCCAAUGAGACAAUAACUGUACACGACAAUUCUAUUUUACUUUUACAUCAUGUUAUUUGA